GGCCAAGAUGGAUAGCUUCAUGAAGUAUGCCAACUUCUUCUACAAGUGCGUUGGCAUUGAGCCCUAUUCGAGCCGCACGCGCCCCAAAGCAGCAUCGGCUUGGAUUAGCUUUGUCUUUUGGGCAAACAUCGUUAAUGUGGUCUUUAUAAUGAUAGCCGAGUCGUCCUUUGUGGUGAAAGCCCUCGUCGUUGACAAGGAAAUUGUGCUGGCCGUCAUGGUCAUGUCCUACAUAGGCUUCAUCGUGGUGGGCCUCAGCAAAAUGUUCUUCGUUUGGCUGAAUAAGGCGACACUCAGCCACAUCAUUCGGGACCUAGAGGAUUUGUUUCCACGCGACAAGCCAGCGCAGGUUGCCUGUAAACUGGAUUAUUACUUGAGCUCCUGCUCCCGCAUCAGCUUCACGUUUUCCAUGCUCUACUCCGUGCUCAUCUGGACGUUUAAUCUGUUUAAUCUCAUACAGUACGUCAUCUACGACUGGUGGCUGCAGACGCGCGUUGUUCCCGAAACGCUGCCCUAUCCCGUCUACGUACCCUGGGACACGGGGCACGGCUUGAACUACCUGGUGAUGCUCUUCAAUCAGAACUUUGCUGGUUACACCUCCGCGGCGGGUCAGGUGUCUACGGAUCUGCUGCUCUGCGCCGUUGCCACCCAGAUCAUCAUGCACUUCAACUAUCUCUCACAAAAGUUUGUGGAUCACCAGCUGACCGGCGAUUGGGCGCAGGACUCGCGCUUCCUCUCCGAAGUCGUGCACUAUCACAAUCGCCUGCUACGCCUCUCCGAUCAACUAAACGAGAUAUUCGGUGUCCCUUUGAUAUUGAACUUUCUGAUCUCCUCGUUUGUGCUCUGCUUUGUGAGCUUUCAACUGACCGUGGGUGUGAAGCCCGACGAGGCGAUCAAGCUGCUCUUGUUUCUCGUAUCCUCCCUGUGCCAGGCCUACUUGAUUUGCUAUCAUGGACAACUGAUAGUUGACGCGAGCUCUAGCUUUUCUAUGGCGGCCUAUAAUCAGAACUGGAUCAAGGCGGAUGUGCGCUACCGCAAAGCUCUUGUCUUUAUCAUGAUGCGCUCUCAGAAGCCAACUUAUCUGAAGGCAACUGUGUUUAUACAGAUCACCAGAGGCACCAUGACUGAUCUGCUGCAAUUGUCGUACAAGUUUUUUGCGCUGCUCCGCACGAUGUACGUCAAAUAGAUUUGCUCAUCAAAUAUAUGUAUGUAUAUAGUAAUUGCUCGAAAGCCUCUACACAUUCCGCAUGCUUUUAAAGGAUCAAGUCGCGCUCAUGGUCCCAGGUCUUCAUUAUGCAAACACAUGUUCAUCCUCGUGCAUUA